AUGUACGUGCACAGCUUAGUUGGUAGGAUAAUUGCUGUUGCUACAUUCUUGACUACAGCAUCGGGAGGACUACUCCAACGAGAAGAUCCAAAUCCUUGGGUUUCAGUUGACGCCAAUGGUACCCCAGUCGCGACUAUUACGCCCGUUCUCACAACCAUCCAUGGCGUAGCUACGACAAUCAGCGCUGCUCCGGCGAGCUUGACAGCCAGUACCACAGAUGAAUUAGAGGAUGAGGCUACGAUGACCUCAGGGCCAUUACCCACAGCGACUGGUGGCGGUUCAUUCGAGGUGUGCUUUAACAUGGACAAACAAUAUGCCCCGUUUUGCAAACCAGAAAAUGGAUCUGAUGUUUACGUGGGGGAAACAUAUUAUGUUACUUGGGAUACUCGUUUCUUCCCUGUCAAGAAUGCAAGCGUUCUCGUCCAGGCAAACUACGUAAAUACGAGUGGUGGAGUCCAAGCCUUCCAGUCCCCUCCGACAACCAAUGCAUAUGGGUUUUAUGCUUGGACAAUUGAUAAAGAAUGGCUCAGAGGGAAAGGCUCGAAUAACAUCACACUAUACAUCGUACCGCUCAAUCCUCUUGCCAACGAGCCAAUGAGUUAUUCAGGGCCAAUCCUUCGAGUUACAAAUCGCCCUCCAAAUUACUACCGUCAGCCGUUGGCCAAGGCACCAAAGGGGCAGGAUCUAUAUAUUGCCCUUCCAGUUGUCUUUGGGUUCAUUAUACUCUGCCUUAUUGGGGGGUUCUUCUGGAAUAGGCAUGCAAGAAGGAUUGGCCUUGGCAAUGUCAUGGGCCGUCGUGGAGGUUAUGGAGUCGGUAAGUCACGUAGGCAAAGACUUGGCUUGGGUAAGAAGAGAUCAGAAGGAAUACAGUUACGCGAGCAAGAGUUGAAGACCGGACCUCAAUAUACAGAUAAUCCGGAUCGAAGAGGUCCACAGCAUGCCAGGGCCGACUCAGAUGCGCUAGGUAGUCUUGCUGGUACACCAACAGAAGAGAGAACAAACUAUUUCGGCGACGAAAUGGAUCGCCAGCAGAAUCAUAGGCGUUGA